UGUCAAGUGGAAAAGUGUAAACAAACGUGUGUCUGCGCUGCUCUUCCUCCUUAUCGCGUUUUAACAAACACUUUUGGAACUUUUAAUCGACGACAGCCCACGAUUACGGUUUUAUUAACAUGCGUUUUUAAGGAAAUUAAGAAUCGAUCGCUGUUUACCCGAAUAACCUUGAGAGUCUCGUAAAAUGGCCCAGUCCGAUAACAAAGUCCUGAUCCUGGGAGCUCUGGCCGGAGUGGCAGGCCUCGGUUUGGCCGUGGCGUGCUACCAGGGCUACACCCUCCACCGCAGAAGACGCCACUCCAUGCCCACGCCCGCCCUCCGCACCCCCUGCAGCGACCUCGUCUAUGGGCUCACAGUAACGGACGGCCCCGGCGCUCUCCCCACGGGCCAGGUGGAGGUUCUGAACAGGCUGGAGGCUCUGAUCCAGUGCGUGUCGGAGCUGAAGGAGGAGAUGAAGGCUUUGAAGACGGCCAUUCCGACGAUACAGGAGGCCGUGAGGGACGAGCUGAGGGGCCCGGAGGCGCGGAGGGUGAGCCCGAUGCACAGGACCGCCGCCGGGAGGAGGAGACGGGCCCCUGCUGCAGCUGCGAGGGCGGACAGGAGCUCAGAGGAGGCAGAGAGCGAAGGAGGAUACAUCACUGCUUUGACCGACUCGGACGAGGACGAGGAGGAGGCCGUCGCAGAGAGGAGGAGGAGGGGGGAGGAAGAGCGCCCCCCUCUGGAUCCAAACGCGGCUCUGUUUGCGAAAAUCGACCGACUGCACCAGGGACCGGAGUCUGACAAGAGGGAGAGUCUCGGCCUGCUCCUGCAACACAGACAACAAUUGGGACAGAACUCCAACUUUUUGUGGCGUCUGACUCGAGCCUACAGCGACGUGCAUGACUUCUGCAGCACUGUGGAGGAGAAGAAACAGCACGCAGAAGAAGGGAAGAGAGUGGGCGAGGAGGCCGUGCGGCUCAACCCGACCUGCGCAGAUAGUCAUCAAUGGUAUGCCAUUUUGUGUGGGAUCAUGGCUGAACAUGACACAAUACAGAACAAAAUCAAGAACGGCUACAUCUUUAAGGAUCAUCUGGAUAAAGCCAUUGAGCUGAAGCCACACGACCCUCUGUCCUACUACCUGCUGGGGCGCUGGUGCUACGCUGUGGCUCAGUUGUCGUGGCUGGAGAGAAAAGUCGCUGCCACGUUAUUCGGAGAACCCCCCAGCGCCACGGUGGAGGACGCGCUCAGGAAUUUCUUAAAGGUUGAAGAGAUCCAGCCGGGAUAUUCCAAACUCAACUACGUGUAUCUCGCAAAGUGCUACAGAGACCUGGGGCAGAGCGAGCGGGCUCGGAGGAUGUGUGAAGCUGCAAACUCAGCACAAGCCGAAUUAAAAGAGGCUCUCGAGGCGCAGAAGGAGCUGGACGUCCUGUGUCCGGCGCUGGGGGUUUGACAGAGGACGGAGCGGUGUGCAGUUCUUACAUUAGAGUAUCUGGACCCACGUGAAUGUCGUUUGAAGGAACGGUUCCACUCAGGAGCCUGCGGGUUUAACUUGAAGAAGUAAAAGUGCUCUGAACCGU